GCUAUUUUGGGUGGGAACUUGAGGGACCACCUCCCAGGACAUUCCUAGCCAGGCCUUUCAGGAAUUGGAGACCCAGAAAUCUCCAAGGCCACUUCCCUUUUUGUUUCUAAUCAAGAGGUUGUCUAGACUUUUUUGAGAGUUGGGAGCAGAGUAUGAUGCCAGGAAGGGGUGGAGUUGGUCGGUGGUAGGUAGAAGCCAACAUUGUGUGCAACUCCUCCUUGGAGACGAGUCUGCGGCCUUCUGUGGAUGCCCCUCUGGGAUUCCAGCAAGACUGUAGGGGAGGCAAACUUGUGGCCUUGGAGGCUUGGAGGGCUCUAGCUUUUGGGGCAUGGAGUUUGGGUGGAUCAAGACUACAAGGGGUGCUGUGGGAGGAACUCCUCCAUUAAUCUGGAAAAGGCAGGAAGCUGUUUAUACAGAGCAGCUGGUUGCCUGCCCCACCUCCUUGCAUCUUCCAGAGGGAACUUAUGCAGAGCCAGGUGAAGAGCCUCAUGCCAGCAGUAAGGGCAUGAAGUGGGAAUCUGCUCCAGAACGACAUUGCUGCCACAAGCCUAAGCCUCUGGGGAGUAUAGGGAGCUCUCUGUCCUCCAGCUUGGAUUCACAGCUCUGCCAAGGCGACCAGGUCUUCUCAGCUUGCAGGCCACUCUCUGACACAGUGGAUGCCCGUGGCUCAUCCUGUGCCAGCUGGCUGUGCCCCUCACCCUUGGCACCAGCCAGGUCUGCCUUGCUGACCUGUUGCCAAGGCCUGGACCUAUACCUGUGCACCCUGCAGCCCACACCAUUGGGCACAGCCGGGCAGAGUCUCAGAAGUGAUGUCUUGAGCACAAAGCACCAGCCACCAGGGCCGAAGGCCGGCUCCAUUGAUGAGAAACUCAAGGCCAAGUAUCCUGCAAGCAGGGACAAGAGGGGAAGUGGGCAGUUAAGAGCUGGCGAGGGGGCCCUCUGCCCAUCCUUCUCUCCUCCCAGCGGCUCUUCCCCGACCCCCUGCCGGAACAGAAAGAGCCCCAGCCCUUUAGCGGUCUGCCCCUGCCCUCUGCCCACCCCCAUCUCCGAAGAGCUCCCAUUCUGCCUCCACCCCAUCUCUCCUGCAUAUCCACUUCUGCUUCCUCCUUACCCCUGCACCUAUGGGGCCCUACCUUCUGUCCAAUGUCCCCCCCUCCUCAUGCUGCCCUCAGGCUCCUCCUACCCCACCAUGGCUGUGCCCAGUUUGCUGAUGAAAGUCAAUGAACCCGGGCACCCCACUGCCCAGAGGGACAUCCCGUAUCCUUACCCAGGGGCCUCCCCGGCCUGUGGCCAAAUCCAGCCUUCCCAGGCUAGGAAUCGAGAUCCUGGAGCUGCCAGGACCUACUCCCCAGGGCCAAAGAGCACUGGCAGGGUGGCUGCAGCCAGGCGGGCCCCAGCAGGCUCCCGGCCGGGCACCACAGCGCCGCCUUACCUGCUGAAGAAGGAGAACGGAAAAACCCUGUACCAGUGCAACGUGUGCAGCAAGAACUUUGGGCAGCUUUCCAACCUCAAGGUCCAUCUGCGUGUGCACAGUGGGGAGCGCCCAUUCCAAUGUGCCCUGUGCCAGAAGAGCUUCACUCAGCUCGCCCACCUGCAGAAGCACCACUUGGUGCAUACUGGGGAGCGGCCCUAUGAGUGCCUGAUGUGCCACAAACGCUUCAGCAACUCCAGCAACCUCAAGACCCACCUGCGCCUGCACUCGGGGGCCCGGGCCUUCCAGUGCAGUGUUUGUCCACGUCGCUUCACCCAGCACGUUCACCUGAAGCUGCAUCAUCACCUGCAUGUCGCACAGCCUUGUGGCCACCUGUCCCUGGCAUCUCUUGCCUGCUUUGCCCGAUGGCACCAGGAAGCACUGGAUCUUGUGGCACUGCCAUCGGAGAGGCAGACGGGUUGGGAUUCAGAAAAGACCAAGGUGUCCUUGGCACCUGGGGAAAAGUAGGGGCAGCCAGCCUGAGCCCUCGUGCCUGGAGAGGAGGCAGGAGCAGAGCAAUUAAAGGAUUUUCUCUAUGGCAA